GCGGUGCUUAGUUCAACUCAAUUACAAAUUCCCUUUCUGAAAGUCACCCUUUCAAGUUGGAUCUUCCCUGUCAUUCUCAGGUACACGCCGAAGCUGCUGUGGGUCCAUAAAAAAGUUGAGCUGCCCCUCCAACGGCUGCCCCUCCAUCCAUCAUCAACAGAUUGAUUCAUCACCAACCCUCGUUCCAAAGACUCAUACCCAAAUUGUCUCAAUAAGCAAGCUGGCAGCGCCUAAGACUGACUUGGCGUAUCAUACUCUUGACCUUACAACUCCCGCGUCAACUAACCUGCGCCGUACGAGCACCCCAGCAACCAUGGCGCCCGAAAGCCUUCAGUCUCUCGACGCUAUCCUCAAUACUUCCCUGACUCUCCUCGCCCAACUACAAACUGCUCUCACCAAGAUCCAUGCCACGCCAAACCAGCCCUCUUCAAACCCACCGACACUGACCAAGGAGGGUCAGCCUAUCGAUGCGAUCGCCCUUGCGCGCGAUUCAGCGUCGCUCAUCCGCGCCCACUCCACCAAGCUCUCCCUCCUUGUCGUGAACGAACCUUUCUCCGCCAAGGCUGUCGUCGGAAUUGUGCGCGAUCUCGUUGGUGGCCCGGUUCCGGGUCUGGCAAGUGCUCUGGAGGAAUGCACCCCCGGUCGUUAUACGUCCGUCUUCCGCAAGGAACUCGCCUGGUGCUGUCGCACCGUGUUUAUCGAACUGUCGAGCCUGCUGGGCAAGGUCCCACGCGACGGCAAGGCUCUGAGUGGCAGUAAGGAAGGCUUUGGUCCUGAUGGCAAGGGCAGUAUCGCCUUGACGGGUGUGCUCUGGGCCGCUUGUGACGAGGUCACGAAACUUGCCAACCUCGGCAUUGGGGGGUUCUUGAAGAUCAAGGUCGAGGAGUGGAGGGACACACUGCAAGAUGUCAUGGAAGAGUUGAAGGAAUGGGGUGAGGAAGAGGCCGAGGAUGAAGAGGAGGGCGAUGAUGACGAUGAGUUGGAUCAGCUUGCGGAGGGAUUGCAAAACGCCCACUUGAGCGCGCAAGACAUGGUUGACGACAUGAUGGAUUCGGCAUCUGCCAUACCAAAAUCCGAUCCCGACAAGAUUCGUCCGCGUCUCGAGACAUCCCUCAAGAGGCUGCGCCUCGUCACCAUUCUAUACAACGCGAUUGUGAAGAGAAGGAUCAAGAAGCUUCCCCAGCUCCCUCCGCCCGUCACGGCCGACGAAGACGCGCAGAAUGUUACCAAGCGGCUGGACGAGGCGGCGGCGGUUCUGCGCGUGCUGCCAGAUCGAUGUGGCGACCUGGCUUGUGCGUUUUACGAGCUUGAGCCGGAUGAGAUUGAUAGUCUCAUGGACCAGUGCUUUCUGGAUGCGUUUGCUGUGAGCGAGCUGCUCGGACGGAGCUGGGAUGGCGGGAAGGAUGAGUUUACUGAGUGGACGGAUAAGUUUCAAGAGGAGAUGAAAAGUAGAUAAGCAGUUGGAGGUAUCGAAAAUCAUGAUUCGACCCGUGCAACGGCUUAGGUGCGCAUGAAGUUAACAUUCUUCUGGUUCUGUUGGUCUAGUCUGGUUAACCUCACCACCGAGCUCGUGCAGUUUUCGUUGCUUCAUACAUCGGUUGCGCCUGAAUGCAGAUAGAAUGUCAACACUUACCUAUUAGUGAUUUUUACUACACAAGCACCAGACAACUAUUCAUGUCUCACGAGCUUAAAUCAAGGAGCAGAGUUACACGUACAGGGUAGCUGGGCGAGCUUGGAGUUGACCCC